AUUGUUUUAGACUACUAAGGUAUUCCAGGUAGUAUGCAGCUAUCUACAGAGAAAGAACUUUCAGCUUUCAUCGACCGUCAUCGCGUACUCCUGGCGAAAGAACGUGAGGCCGAAAUCGAACGCACUUCUCUGUUACUCUCGAACUGUGGCCCAAAGCUCCUUGAACAGAAGGGGCUGGCCUUGAUUGGGGUUGGCGUAUCUUCUAUAGGUGUCGGUCUUGGGGGGAAGACGUUGGUUGAGUUAGAGCGUCCAGCGGCCUAUCACACGAACCCCAUAUUUCCUCCUCAUACGCUUCGACCCGGAGACCUUGCUCGCAUCGAAGAAAAUGUGGCGGCGAGUGGAGCAUCCAAGAAAGGCACGAAGGCGAAGAAAUCAGCUGUUGAAUCUAAAACAUCUCAAUUCGUAGAGGGUGUUGUGUAUAAGGUAUCGGACACGCGCAUCGCCAUCGCUGUCGAUGCAUCCGAUUCGAGUUCAGACGACCUAGACUUACCGGAGAGAUGUCGAAUAGUCAAACUCGCCAACAGUGUCACAUACGACAGAAUGGAGAAAACGCUAGACCAACUCGAAAAGAUCGCGAUACCUACGUCCGCCACUGGGACUCAUUCCGGUGGCGGCAAAAACCAGCCAGAAUUAACCAAGCUAACUGAAGUGCUCCUCGGCAUGUCCAGACCGUCAGACAGAGCACCAGUCAAAGAUCUAAAGUUCUUCGACAGCUCGCUCAACGACAGUCAGAAGGAAGCGAUCAAAUUUGCCCUGGAGUCUCCAGAAUUGGCUUGUAUACACGGUCCGCCAGGAACCGGAAAGACACACACCCUGAUCGAAAUCAUCCGCCAACUGACCUCUACGUCCUCCUACAAUCCUAAACCAAAACGUCUCCUCGUCUGCGGUGCUUCCAAUCUAUCAGUCGACAAUAUUCUCGAACGUCUUCUUGCCCUCCCCACUCCGGAAAACAAAUUUGAAAAACUGAAGGUGACGAGGGUAGGACACCCGGCGCGUGUGAUGGCGAAUAAUGAAGGGGUGUUGGAGGCGACCUUGGAAGUUAAGGCGGGAAGGUCAGAUCAGGCUGCGUUGGCGAAGGACGUGAAGAACGAGCUUCAGGCCGCCAUGGAUACUUUGUCGGGGAAAGGUAAGGGUGCGAAAGGUAAGGGCCCGCGAGGGCUAGAGAGGAAGAAGAUGUGGGAAGAGGUGAAGGCGUUGAGGAAGGAGUAUCGUCAACGAGAAGGCGGAGUUGUUCAAACCGUGCUCAGCGAAUCACAGGUAGUGCUCGCCACAUGCCACUCUGCCGGAGGAAGACAACUCUGGAAUCAGAAGUUCGAUGUUGUCAUCAUCGACGAAGCAACACAGGCCCUUGAAGCUGUAUGCUGGAUACCCAUCUUCAAAGCCUCGAAACUCAUCCUGGCCGGCGAUCCAAAGCAACUCCCACCAACGAUCUUAUCUCUGGACAAGUCUGGAAAGGAAAAGAAGGCAGACAAGAAAGCUGCUGCGACCAAGACUACAGGCAAAGCUGCAGCAAAGGCGAAAGUCAAGCCCUCAGAUCCAAAAGCCGAAGUACCUCAGUCAAAGCCUCAAGGUGAAGACGACUCUGCGAGUGGCUCGGACUCCGAAGGUUCUUCUGAAGACACAGAUGGCGAGAAUGAACUUGAACCCGCAUCUACUACUCCCAAGAAGGACGUAGAGGUGACGAAGGAUGACAAGAACAAGGUGAAGCCCAAGAAAGCACGCCUACGAGUCCUUAGACCUCCAAGAACAUUAGAGACGACGAUGUUUGAACGGCUGGAGAAGUUAUAUGGGCCAGGUAUCAAGAGGAUGCUCACCGUUCAAUAUCGUAUGCACGAACAAAUCGCUCAGUUCCCGUCUCAAGUCAUGUAUAACUCCAAGCUCCAAGCUCACCCCUCCGUCGCUUCCCAUCUCCUAUGCGAUCUAUCGAACGUCAAUACUGAUGGUGAUGAUAACUCAAAGGAUGAAGAAGACAAUGUGGAUAAGGAAGUGCUCCGAACUCCCGUCGUAUUCUUCGAUACUGCAGGGUGUGAAUAUUUCGAGAGGACGGAAGGAGAUGGGGAUGAAGGGAGUAAGUGUAACGAGAAUGAAGCGACGGUCGUAAGGAAGUGGGUUGAACAGUUGGUCGAUGUCGGGAUCUUACCAUCCCAAAUCGCGAUCAUAACACCCUAUCAAGCACAGGUAACACUUCUGACCUCCAUACUUCGUCCCACAUACGGCACAGAUCUGGAAAUUGGAACCGUGGAUGGGAUGCAAGGGCGGGAGAAAGAGGCUGUCAUCAUCAGUCUUGUACGGUCAAACGAGAAGAGAGAGGUUGGCUUUUUGAAAGAGAAGCGAAGACUGAAUGUCGCAAUGACUCGAGCAAGAAGACAUCUAUGCAUCGUCGGGGAUUCAUCGACGGUUCAGCACGGCGGGUCGUACCUCAAAAAAUGGCUGGCCUGGUUAGAAGCUAAUGCGGACGUUCGUUUCGCAGAAAUAGACUAG